AUGGCCAAGCGCUCGUUCAAGCUGGAGCACCCACUUGGUUUGUUAUUCUUCGCUGAUCGAUAGAAAACGCAUGAUUUUGCCUCUCAAUGUUGUUUCCGUCGUCGUCUUUGUUAUCGGGGAGAAGCCCCGGGUACAGUUGCUGUGAUUUGCCCUUUCUAAUGGCCGCUAUUCUGGGGAGGAUAUCGUCGUAUUCAUCCAUCUGGUGAUGAUAGGGUUACGAUUCCUCUGCUGUUUGUGCGUCCGAUUCCUCUUUUAUCUUAGGGUUUACGAUCGUAUUUACCGCAUAUUUACGAAUCGUGUUCUGUUAUCAAAUAUCCAGCGGGCUUUCCUGUGGAUCCUGUCAAAUUUAAUUUCUCUCUCCAGCUGAAUCCGGUGUGCUGAUCUUAGCGGUGCUUCGUCUGGUCAAGCGGAUCGAAUCAUUCGGUCCGCCCUUCCUCGAGGAACUUUGGAUGGAUUACGGCCGGACCUAGGGUAGACCUUUCGUAUUAUCAUUCUAGCAUACGGUUGUACUCAGGUCCUUUGUCUUCCCAGCGUGUUAAUGGUUUUCUUCCCGGGGCGAGAGGAUAUUGUGGUUCCUGUCUUCCUGUUCUCAUUAAUGAUUUCUGCUCUCCUGGUCCUGCUUCAUCUACGCUCUUCUGUGGGAUAUGGAAGUCUCAGCUCUCCUCUCUAUUCCCCCUGAUUGAUUCUCAGAAAUUCUCCAUCAGCACGCUCUCUCCGAUCUUCCAUUGUUUAAUUCUGCCUUCAUUUUCCACACACACUGUUGCUUCUCCUAUACAGGCAGUUUGUCUCUUUAUGCCUAAACUAUGCAAAUACCGCCUCUUUCUGAAAAAAUAAUGGAUAUCUGUGACACUGUCUACUCUUGAAGCCGUGCGUAACAGUACUAAUCUUAGGAAUGUUUGGAGCUAUCUCUGUUAUUUUACCUGUGAUUCAUAUUGUUGAUGGAAACAUUCUGUCAAACUAUGCAGAUAUAGAUAGGUUUUUUUUUGUGUGGAGACGUGGCCUGGUUAAACAAUAUUGGGGACAAAACGAUGAUCUAUGAUUUUUCUUUUUCCCGUGAAAGAUGUUUCAUAAAUUUCUUGACGUUCAGCAAUAUGAAAGAAAUCUCAUGAAUUAGCCUGGUUUCAGAUUCACAUGAGCACCAGCCUGAUUUCCCAUCAAAUAUCAUGCACUUUGGAUCAUGCCAUUAAGGAAAGUAAAUGAGGAAAUCAGUUUACAGCACUUCGCAUUAAUAUUGAACCUAAUACUUAUGUAGAUAUUACAUAAAUAAAUGCAUAAAUAUCUAGCCUUUCAAUCAAGUUUUACACUUGAAGAAAUAUAUUAUAAAGGAAAUAUAUUACAUAACUUUUUUAGAAAACCCUUUUCAUGUACUUUCAAAUGCUAUGACGGGUCUAGGUUCUUUGAUGGUCUCCGUUCUAUGGAUUAUCAUCAGGAUUUCAUUCGUGUUUUCUAAUUCGAGUUAGAAUACACUCCUUUACGAAUGAUUUAUCCUCAUGGGGUUUUCUGUCUACCAGAAAGGCGACAAGCUGAAGCCGCCCGAAUCCGGGAGAAGUAUCCUGAUAGAAUACCGGUAGGAGCCCUACCCCUACUCUAUGUUCUUCAUAUAUAUUUUUUUAAAUAAUACAAUCGGCAUGAAAUACAGCCGGAUAUUGUGAAAUGAUUUGGACCAGUUGGGAUGCUUCAUCUUGUUCAUGAUUUUUUAAAUUAUUUAUUGCCAUCAAAUUCCAGGUAAUUGUCGAGAAGGCUGAUAGGAGCGACAUUCCAGACAUUGAUAAGAAAAAGUAAGUUUCUUCAUUCUUUGCUCUCCCCCAAGGUUUACUUGAUCGAUAUUUUUCCUAUUUUCGGAAUAUUAUUUAAUUCUGAACCUGUCGAGGUCCCUUUUUUGGAAACCUCAGAAAUCGAGAUUAUGGCUUUUGAUCAUUGUUUCCGCUUAAAGAUUAUGCAUAAAAGUCUUUUCAGGUUUCCUAAAACCCCCCGCCCCCUCUUUUGUGAAGACGAGAUAUCUUGAAAGCCAUUAGUAAAAAGAUUAAUGCCACCAGUGUCCCCAGAUGAUCAGAAAAUAUGUUCCUACCCUGUAAAUAUUAGUAAUAAGAUCCUAAUUUUAUCGGUAUUACUAAAAGGGGAAUUUCUCUAUGAAUAAGGAAAAAAAGAAGAAAAGAAGACAUGGGCUACGAAUUUCAUGGAAAAAAGGGCUCAGAUGCGAUUUAUUGUCUUGUCAAGACUAUGACUCUUGAUAAUUAUUUCCAUUAAAAAUGAUCCUUAUUUUAUUUUCCGUUUUCCUUUAAACCCCAAGCAAAAAUCGGUGUUUUUUAUCUGUCCUUAAUGAAUGGAAUUUACACAAUCUAUGGCCGAAAAUGACCAAUGAUCUGUCGACACUAAUAAAUCAAAAUUCCUUUUAUUGAUUAGAAAUUUAAUAAAAGAUAAUAUCUCACGUACAUUGGUGAAUAAAGAGGGCUCAUAUAGUUUUAGCGUAUAUUUUGCUAUGUUUGAAAGAUGAUGGGUUUUAGCCCAUGGCCCAGGCAUGAUUUUGACGGGGGAGAGAGAGAGAGAGAGAGAAAAAAAAAGUCAGCCCCGGUCAGGCUCGGGGCGUUGACGCCACCGAGAAAAAUCCAUCACGCUGUGCUCAUCCGUGCAGGUAUCUUGUCCCUGCGGAUCUCACCGUGGGCCAGUUUGUCUAUGUCGUCCGGAAGCGGAUCAAACUGAGCUCCGAGAAGGCCAUCUUCAUCUUCGUGAGGAACAUCUUACCCCCCACAGGUCAGCCCCCCCCCCCGGUACCGCUCUUCUGUCUCUGUGGGCCCCCCUUAUAUUUAUAUCCAUAUAUAUUAUUUAUCUCCCCCUCCUCUGCCUCCAGCUGCUCUCAUGUCGGCGAUCUACGAGGAGAACAAGGACGAGGACGGCUUCCUCUACAUGACCUACAGCGGGGAGAACACCUUCGGCGCCGUAUGA